GGUGUGUUGUGCGUCCUGCACACGAGCGGCUCAGCGGAGAUCAGGACACUGAUGGAGAGACAGUAAGCCGUAGCGGUCUGUGUGUGUGUGAGUGUGUGUGUGUGUGUGUGUUUCUCCAUCAUCUGUGUUCUGCUGAAUGAUGAGGACAGACGUGUUUCUCCAGCGGAGGAAGCGUAGAGAUGUUCUGCUCUCCAUCAUCGCUCUUCUUCUGCUCAUCUUCGCCGUCGUUCAUCUCGUCUUCUGUGCUGGACUGAGUUUCCAGGGUUCGAUUUCUGCUCGCGUCCGCCGAGACCUCGAGAAUGCAAGUGAGUGUGUACAGCCACAGUCGUCUGAGUUUCCUGAAGGUUUCUUCACAGUUCAGGAGAGGAAGGAUGGAGGAAUCCUGAUUUAUUUCAUGAUCAUUUUCUACAUGCUGCUGUCAGUCUCCAUCGUUUGUGAUGAAUAUUUUCUACCGUCUCUGGAGGUCAUCAGCGAGCGUCUCGGUCUCUCGCAGGAUGUUGCUGGAGCCACAUUUAUGGCAGCUGGGAGUUCAGCACCAGAACUCGUCACUGCAUUUCUGGGUGUGUUUGUGACGAAGGGUGACAUCGGCGUCAGCACCAUCAUGGGUUCUGCUGUCUAUAAUCUGCUGUGCAUCUGUGCAGCGUGUGGCCUGCUAUCCUCUGCAGUUGGUCGUCUGAGCUGCUGGCCGUUGUUCAGAGAUUGUGUUGCAUACGCCAUCAGUGUAGCCGCCGUCAUCGCUAUCAUCUCCGACAACAGAGUUUACUGGUAUGAUGGUGCGUGUCUCAUGCUGGUGUACGGUGUGUAUGUAGCUGUGCUGUGUUUCGAUCUGAAGAUCAGCGAGUACGUGAUGCAGCGCUUCAGUUCGUGUUGCUGGUGUCUGAAACCUCGCGAUCGUGACUCCGGCGAACAGCAGCCGCUAAUGGGCUGGAGUGACAACAGCAGCUUGCGUGUCCAGCGCCGCUCCAGAAACGACAGCGGAAUAUUCCAAGAUGAUUCCGGAUAUUCACAUCUCUCACUCAGCCUGCACGGACUCAAUGAAAUUAGUGAUGAGCAGAAGAGUGUGUUCUCCAUGCCGGAUCACGAUCUGAAGCGAAUCCUGUGGGUUUUGUCUCUUCCGGUCAGCGUUCUGCUGUUUGUGAGCAUUCCCGACUGCAGGAAACGCUUCUGGAAGAACUUCUACAUGCUCACCUUCCUGAUGUCCGCCGUCUGGAUCUCUGCAUUCACUUAUGUGCUGGUCUGGAUGGUCACCAUCGUGGGGGAGACUCUGGGAAUCCCGGACACAGUGAUGGGAAUGACUCUUCUGGCCGCUGGAACCAGUAUCCCCGACACCGUGGCCAGCGUGAUGGUCGCUCGAGAAGGUAAAUCUGAUAUGGCCAUGUCCAACAUCGUGGGCUCCAACGUGUUCGAUAUGCUGUGUCUGGGCAUGCCGUGGUUCAUCCAGACGGUGUUUGUGGACGUGGGCUCCCCGGUGGAGGUCAACAGCUCGGGGCUGGUCUUCAUGUCCUGCACGCUGCUGCUCUCCAUCAUCUUCCUCUUCCUCGCCGUGCACAUCAACGGCUGGAAGCUGGACUGGAAGCUGGGUCUGGUGUGUUUGGUGUGUUACGUGCUGUUCGCAACACUCUCCAUAUUGUACGAGCUCGGCAUCAUCGGGAACAAUCCCAUACGCUCCUGCAGCGACUGAACACUGCUUGACUGCACUCGCGCCCCCUCAUGGACAACACAAGGAUGUGACUCUUAACCCUCUAAAGUGCAGAAGUUCAUUACUAAAUACAAGAAAACAGAAUUGCGAGACGUAAACUCAAAAUACAAGAAAAGUCAAAGAGCGAGAUGUAAACAGAUGUGCAUAAACAAUGCUCAUAAAUGAGAAGGAUAAACUUUAUUCAUUACUUUCUUUUUAACCCUUUAAGGUCGACAGAUCUCAUCUAUGUUUUAUCCACCUAUUUUUAUGUGCAUUUUGGAUAUGCACAUUGGAAAUGAAAAAUGCCAAGAAAAAUGUGUGCACGUAAAUGAGGAUCAACUUUUUAAUUCAAUAAAACUGCAUAAACUCUGUAAUCACUGCUCAACAGCGCCCCUUAGGGACAUGGAUCUGACUUUAAUUACUGCAUAUCCGCUUGUUAAGUGUGACGUCACGCGAAGCGGCUUCCGGGUCCAAGCGCUCUAUCAAACGGUAUGAGGAGACUCAUGAAAUGAUAAUAAUAAACGUUUACAAAGCACUGUAAUACUUUCGAAAAUCACAAUAUAUAUACAUAUCCAUGCCUAAUAUAUAAUAUAUACACUAUGAAUUCAUAUAAAAUUCACUUUAUUGUGUGAUAGGACUAAAAAAGUGAUCAUAAACGAAUAUUUUGUCAAUUCAAAUGAGUGGCGGCUUGGACCCAGAAACAGUGUUACAUACAUCACCAACACGUCAGCACUUAACAAGCGGAUAACACUAACAUAACAUAACAUAAACUCAAAAUACAAGUCAAAACUGCAAGAUGUGAACUCAAAAUACAAGAAAAUAGUCGAGGAGCGAGAUGUAAAAAAAAAUGUAUGCACAUAAAUGAUAUUUAUUCAAUAAAAAGCUCUGAUGUAAAGAGAUAUAGUGAAUAAAGUCCAGCAUGUGCUUCAUCAGUAAACUCAACACUGCUCAACAGCGCCCUCUUAUGGAAAACAAGGAUAUGACUUUUUUUUAACCCUCUAAAGUUCACAAGUUACAGUUCUACAGAUCUUAUUAGCCGUUUCAACUACUUUUAUGUGCAUUUUGGAUGUGCACAUUGGAAAUGAAAAAUGCCAAGAUGUGCAUACAUUAAAAAAAAAAUAAUAAUAAAUGUAUGCACAUAAAUGAGAAUGAUAAACUUUCAUCCAAUAACAAAAUGCUGGGAAGUAAACAGAUUUAGUAAAUAAAGUCCAGCAUGCCCUUCUUUAGUAAAGUGAACCCUAAACAGCGCCCCCACAUGGACAACACAUGCACAUGACCCUCUCUUUUUAACCCUUUAAAGUAGUUUUACAGUUCUACAUCUCAUUAGCGGUUCCAUCCACCUAUUUUUGUGCAAUUAUUGCAUUUUUAAAAAAUUCUUAAUGAAAACGCCAAGACGCGCCUACAUUUUGAUAAUGCACAUGCAUAAACGCAUGCACACAACUGAGUAAGAUCAACUUCUUAUUCGAUAAGAAGUGCAUAAACUCUGACGUGAUCACUGCUCAACAGCGCCCCCUUGGACAACACGUGGAUCUGACCUCUAAAAUGCAGCAGCUAAUUACUAAACAUACAGUAACACUAGCUAUGUUUACAUCCAUUUUUAUGUAGAUUAUGGAUGCACAUAUUUUAACAAUGUAAAAUGCAAAGAUGUGCAUACAUUUUAGAAAAUGUGCUUAAAAAUGUUUGCACGUAAAUAACGAUAAACCCUUUAUUCAAUAAGAAAAAUGUGCAUAAACUCAUUUAAAUUGUAAACAGAUUUAGAGAAUAAAGUCCAGCAUGCACUUCAUCAGUAAAACAAACAGCUCAACAGCGCCUCCUCAUGGACAGCUCAAGCAUAUAACUUUCCUUUUAACCCUCUAAUGUGCAGGAGUUCAUUACUACAUUUCUCAUGAGCUGUGUUUCCAUCCAUUUCAUAAGCAUUUUGGAUGAGCACAAAAGAAUAGGAAUAACUUAUUCCAUAAGACAAACGUGUAUUAACUAGGAUGUAAACAGAUUUGAAUGUGUAAAAACUGUAUUUUUUUUUAAGUGCAUUUAAAUAGAUUUGUUUUACCAUUUUCUAUUGUGGUAGUGUUGCCAUAUGGAAGCGUUUACCAAAGUACACCCAAUAAUAUAACCCAUUUUAAAAAUAUUUUUACAAUUUUGAAGGGAUUUGAAGCCAUUUAAUGUAAAAGAAAUAGUGAAGUGUUUCAACCAUGAAGUAUAAUAUAUAGACUUUUGUUUUUCUAUAACUAAUGCAUCCCAUAGAAGGUUAACUGAAGGUAUCUGUAACUUUCUCCAGCAUUUAUUUACUGAUAUUAAGCAUAAAACUACACUCAGGUCCAUUUAGCAAAGCAAUUAAAUGAUAAAAGUGAUUAUAUUAUCAUCAGAUUUAUUCAGGUAAACGUGCACUGCUCUAACAGGCUUUCUCUUUUGCUGUGUUCUUAAACGACCAUGUAAUGAAGCAAAUAAAACACUUGAUUUUAGGGUUUUUUAAUUAUGUAAACCUACAAGGGCUUCCUGAUCAAACCCUCCUAACCUGCUCAACAUCUCCAGCCUGUGAUGAGCAGAUCUUUCUCCCAGAAAUGAGCUGCUGUUUCUCAGGGAUUUGGUCAAUGUUGUGAUAAAUUUAGUUCUGCAGGACAAAUAAAGGUUUGCAAUUCUCACAAUAA